UAGAGUGUAAAUAUUUUACAGAAGUUGUAAAAAUUACGAUGUCAAGGCACUAUUGAUCUGUGAGAGUUCGCAGACGAGAUUUGAAAUUCAAUACCUAUGAAGCGUAAAUUAUGCGUGAAGCCUUAUAGCUGUGACGAUAUGGAGGAGCUGAAUGUGACAGCUCUAUCUCAAAGAAAGGAGUCGGUUGCGCCGCUCACCGGAGAAAGAAAUGGAAGCGUCUUUCGCCGAGGAUUUUCAUAUCCACUAGCAAUCAUUCUAAGGCUUCGGGUACUACAGAUAGUAUGCGGCAUAUCAGCUAUGGUGAUGGGCAGCGUGGCCUUCAUAGAGGAACGACAGAAGUUCAACAUGGGUCUCGGUAUACCAGCCGGCUGCGUUAGCGUGGUCGCCGCGGCGGUAUCAAUCCACACCUCUCGUGGCUGGAGCGCAGUAUCGGGGAGUGCGGCGGGCGCGGCGCUGGGCGCGGGUGCAGCUGCAGUGCUAUGGGCGGCAGCGGGCUGCCUACUGCUCGCUCUAAUCGUGCAGUGCUGCAGGACUAUCAUUGAUCCCACCGGCACUGAUUACAAUGACAUAUCAGCAGAUGACGAAGCAAGACCUCCUUCACGAGACCUGGUAGUGAUCGCAUCAGUGCAAAUCGCUUUAGCGCUAGUCACCCUCGUCAGCGCGGCUGUGUGUGCGCGUAUCGACAUAGGCGCAUGACGCGAGCCCCCGCUCACUCGGCGUCGUGUGAGCGAAGCCCCAACCGGUACAGCGUCCGCUCCGCUCGUCAGUGCAUCUCCGCCUAAUGAAGAAAGGGAGAGAAGUGGUCGCGUAGCGUGGCUCAUAUAGACUGUACGUGUUGGGCUAAUAAUGCUAUUGUAAGUCUUUCAGACUCAC